AUGUCAUCGUGGCUCCGUCGAAUCGUUAGCCCUCUGAUCAAGCCAAAGAUAAUACCAAAAGCGUCUCAAGGGAAAGCAGCAGGUGAGCUCCCAUCGGGGACGAAUUCUGUGUCAACAGGGACCCAGUCGGAAACAAAAGAGUCUCAAGAUGUCGUAGAAAAAUAUGAGAAGCGUCUUUUAGCUGAAUUGGAGAAAAUGGCAAAGAAUUGCAGAAGACAAAACUACUUGGACAAUCUACAGCUCCUUAACGCUGGAAUCAGUACGCAGAAUAGGCGUGAGGAGAACUUCGAGAGGCUUUGGUCCAGAGCCAGAUCUAGAGUAGAUAGACGGCUUGCAAAGGUUAAGAAAAAGCACUCUAGUACACGGAACAGCCUCCCCACAGAUAAUUCGCCUCCCUCUAUCCGCCACGUAGACACACUCCUACUAAAUAAGAACCUCAGUGAUGGAGAGACUCUGGCGACGAGUGACCUGGACACUUUGAACGACUACAGCUGGGAAGGUAUUGAAUGCGCCGCCGACACUAAUUCCAGACCCAUAAGCAGAGCUCGAAAGAAGGCAAAAAGAAACAAUAAAGCAGUGUCCAAUUUGAAGCCGAGGCGUUUGGGAGAGUAG